AUGGACGGCCCCGAUCAGCUCGGGCCCGAUCACGCGCCCAAGCGACCUUUUAGUAAUAAACUACGUCGAGUCGUCAGGACGUUCACUACUCGGGAUGGCCUCAUCGGCGAAUACGACUAUGCGUAUCUGUUUAUUCCCCGAUUGCCCUUCACCAAGCGCGCCCGCAAAACCGCACCCUUCUUCGGCCUCGAGGAUAGUGUGCCCGUCGCACUGGCUCUGAUCCUGGGCCUUCAACAUGCGCUCGCUAUGCUAGCGGGUGUUAUUUCACCGCCUAUCAUUCUAAGUGGUGCAUCCGGCGUCAACUUUGGCGAUGAACUCUCUCAGUAUCUGGUCUCGACUUCGUUGAUUGUUUCUGGUCUUCUUAGUGCUGUCCAGAUGUUCCGCCUCCAUGUCAAGGGCACAAAGUAUUAUAUCGGAACCGGUCUUCUUUCGGUCGUUGGUACUUCUUUCUCAACGAUCACCGUUGCCGAGGGUGCCUUCUCCCAGAUGUACAAGUCGGGGUACUGCCCCACCUCUUCUGAUGGGACUAAACUGCCCUGUCCGCAGGGUUAUGGUGCUCUUUUGGGUACUUCUUGUCUCUGUGCGUUGCUGGAGAUCGGUCUGUCUUUCAUGAGUAGCAGCGUGCUGGCCCGCGUCUUUCCUCCACUCGUCACUGGUCCUACCGUCCUGCUUAUCGGUGCCACACUCAUCAAAUCGGCCAUGCAGGACUGGGGCGGUGGUUCGUCGUGUUAUCCGAGCGGAUCUACCAGGCCUAUGUGUCCCAGUGCUGAUGCUCCUCACGCUCUACCGUGGGGUAGUCCCGAGUUCAUUGGCCUGGGAUUCCUCGUGUUUGUCACGAUCAUCAUAUGCGAGCGCUUCGGUCCGCCGAUCUUGAAGAGUUGCGCUGUCGUGGUCGGUCUGCUGGUCGGAUCUAUUGUUGCGGCUGCCUGCAACUACUUCGAGAGGUCGGGUAUCGAUGCCGCCCCCGUGGCGUCUUUUGCCUGGGUGAAGACAUUCCCGUUGACAAUUUACCCCCCGCUGAUUCUACCACUACUGGCGUUGUACGUGGUUAUCAUGAUGGAGUCCAUCGGUGAUAUUACUGCCACUUGUGAUGUUUCCAGACUCCAGGUCGAGGGUGCUACCUUUGACUCGCGCAUCCAGGGUGGUGUCCUGGGUAACGGCAUGACCUGCUUGCUGGCUGGUUUGAUGACUAUCAGCCCCAUGUCCGUCUUUGCUCAGAACAACGGCGUCAUCGCGUUGACCAAGUGUGCCAACCGCAAUGCCGGCUACUGCUGCUGCUUCUUCCUGGUGCUCAUGGGCAUCUUUUCCAAAUUUGCCGCUGCCCUGGUCUCCAUUCCUAGUGCCGUGCUGGGCGGUAUGACCAGCUUUUUGUUCAGUAGCGUCGCCGUAUCUGGCAUUCGCAUCAUCGCUACCAUCAACUUCACUCGCCGCAACCGCUUCAUCAUUACGGCUAGUUUCGCCUUGGGAAUGGGUAUCACGCUGGUCCCCGAUUGGUGGUCCUAUUUCUUCUCCUACAAUGGAGAUAACCAUGCCCUGGAGGGUCUGCUCAAUGCCAUCGAUCUGAUCAUGGAGAACGGCUUCGCUGUGACCGCCAUUACGGGUCUCAUUCUGAACCUGAUCAUCCCCGACGAGCCAGACGAUGCGCCGACCGUGUGGACUGCCAGCGAGUCCGAUGAGGUGGAACCAACUCCCGUACCAGCAGGUCCUUCCAAGUCCUAG